AGGCCAGGAGGAGGAGGUGUCUACCCCUCAUCCCGGACCCUGUGGCGGCCCGGCCUCGUCUAUUCGGGCCUUCAGCCCCGGUCAUGAAGCUGAAGCUGAAGAACGUCUUUCUCGUCUACUUCUUAGUGUCCCUGAGCGGCCUCCUCUACGCGCUCCUGCAGCUUGGCCAGCCUUGUGACUGCUCCCCACACCUUCGGGCAGCAGCAGAACACUUACGCAGGAAAGACCUUAAGAUCUCCCAGUUGCAAGCUGAGCUUGGCCGGCCACCUCCUGCCCCCGCCCAGCCCCCGGAACCCGAGGCUUUGCCCACCAUCUAUGUGGUGACUCCUACCUAUGCCAGGCUGGUACAGAAGGCUGAGCUGAUCCGCUUGUCACAGACCCUGUCCUUGGUACCCAGACUACACUGGGUGCUGGUGGAGGAUGCUGAGGCCCCUACUCCACUGGUGUCAGGGCUCUUGGCAGCCUCUGGCCUCAGAUUCACUCACCUGGUAGCCCUCACACCUAAAAGCCAGCGGCUUAGAGAAGGGGAGCCAGGCUGGGUCCGGCCCCGGGGUGUGGAGCAGCGAAAUCGAGCCUUGGCCUGGCUCCGAGGAAAAGAGACUGCAGCUGGUGGGGAAAGGGAGCCGCCCCCUGUAGGGGCUCGUGGGGUCGUGUACUUUGCUGAUGAUGACAACACCUAUAGCCGGGAACUCUUUGAGGAGAUGAGAGGAACCAGAGGUGUUUCAGUGUGGCCGGUGGGGCUGGUCGGUGGCCUCCGGUUCGAGGGACCCCAAGUGCAGGGGGGCCAGGUGGUGGGCUUUCACACAGCCUGGGAGCCUGACCGGCCCUUCCCUCUGGACAUGGCUGGCUUCGCUAUAUCACUAUCUCUUCUUCUGUCUCGGCCUGGGGCCCAGUUUGACCCCACAGCCCCCCGGGGCCACCUGGAGAGCAGUCUCCUCAGCCAUCUCAUCGACCCCAAGGAUCUGGAACCCCGGGCUUCCAACUGCACUCGGGUGCUGGUGUGGCACACAAGAACUGAGAAGCCCAAGAUGAAACAGGAAGAGCAGCUGCAGAGACAGGGACGGGGCUCAGACCCUGGCAUCGAAGUGUGACCAGGGCUGCCGCUGACCUCACAUGAUGAUGAGACUCCCUGGGAUGUAGGUAUGCUUCGAAGAGUUGGCUCUCUCAUCUUCCAAGGACCUUCCAGAGCCAGGGCCUACCCCCAUAGGUCUGGUAGCCCCACACAGUGACUAUUCCCAGGGCUCCUCCCUCCCCCCACUUUGUUGCCAGGAAGAGCUUGCCAAAGAGGACAAGAGGACAAGUGGACAGUGGUCAUGUGCCAGCUCAGCCCCUGGGUGGGGAAGACAUCCAAGGACAGAUGGACUCAGCUGGAAGAACAGGGACAUUUGCCCCAUGAGCGGUGCUGUUUAGUUUCUCAGUGGGCAUGGGCAUGCAUUUCAGGGCCUGAUCAGAAGGGGGCUGAUGGGUCCCUCCCCACAGUGAGCAUGUUCCCCCAUUCCUACCUCCAGAAUAAAGUAUGUCAAUCGUGA